AUGUCGGGCAGAGCGUCUCCCACCCUGGAGAAGAACGGCAGCAUCGGGCACACAGGCGAGGGGAAAGCUAUGGGGCAGCUCCCCGACAGCAUCAGCGUGCAAGGUGUCUCCUACACCAUCAGAGAGCGUGUUGGCCCAUGGUGGAACUUCUCUUUAUAUUGUAAAAAAUGGACCCGGCAAAUACUUAAGGAUGUUUCCUUUCACAUAGAAAGUGGCCAGAUUAUGGGGAUUUUAGGAAAUUCUGGAUCUGGGAAAACGACACUUCUGGAUGCAAUAUCAGGAAGACUAGGACAUAAAGACAACUUCUUUGGUGAAGUGUAUCUGAAUGGACGUCAGCUGAAGAGGGAACAGUUCAAAGAUUGCUUCUCUUAUGUGCCACAGAAUGACACUUUGUUAAGCUUUCUCACCAUACAGGAGUCUUUGACCUACACAGCUUUGCUAACUCUUAAGAAUUACUCCAACAGCUCCAUCAAAAAGAAGGUAGAUGCAGUUAUGGCUGAGCUGAGUCUCAGCCACAUUGCUGACAAAAUAAUUGGAAGCCGGAAUGUCGCAGGAAUUUCUGGGGGUGAGAGGCGUCGGGUAUCAGUUGCAGCCCAGCUUUUACAAGAUCCCAAGGUCAUGCUACUUGAUGAACCAACAACUGGGCUGGACUGCCUGACUGCAAACCAGCUUGUCUUGCUUCUCUCAGAACUUGCACACCGAGACAGGAUUGUGAUUCUUACUAUCCAUCAGCCUCGCUCAGAACUUUUCAAGUUAUUUGAUAAAAUAGCCAUCAUGAGCUUUGGAGAAAUGGUUUUCUGUGGGAACCCUAUGGAAAUGAUCACAUUUUUUAGUGACUGUGGCUAUUCUUGUCCUGAACAAUCAAAUCCUUUUGACUUCUAUGUGGAUCUGACAUCUGUGGACACCCGAAGCAAGGAACAUGAACUCGAAACCUACAGUAGGGUUCAGGAAUUUGUAUCAGCCUAUAGAAACUCGGAGAUCUUUAGCAAAGUACUGGCAGCCAUUGAAAAAACAAAGUGUAUGAAGGAGCUGCCACCAAUACCGUUCAAAAACAAGGACUCGCCCAGCAGCUUUUACCAAAUAUUGAUUCUUUUACGGAGAGCAACAAGAAACCUCUCCAGAGAUAAGAUAGGCAUCAUCAUGCGUCUCCUCCAGAAUCUGCUGUUUGGCUUGUUCAUAGCCUUUUUCCUUCUUAGACUAAGGAGUGACCUGGCCCAGGGAGCUGUGCAGGACCGCGUGGGGCUUGUCUACCAGUGCAUGAGUGCCCCCCCCUACACAGGGAUGCUCAAUGCUGUGGCCCUGUUCCCACCUCUACGUGCUAUCAGUGACCAAGAAAGUAAAGAUGGCUUGUAUAAGAAAUGGCAAAUGCUUGUAGCUUAUGUAGUGCAUUUCCUGCCCUUCAGUGUCAUCAGUGUGGCCAUUUUCAGCACCUUCAUAUACUGGACUACAGGCUUGUAUCCUGAUGCUUCCAGAUUUGGAAUUUUCUUUGCUGUUGUCCUAGCGUCUCACAUGAUUGGUGAACUAUUAACACUUGUUAUACUUGGCGUGGUUCAAGAUCCAAAUAUAGUCCAAAGUGGCGUGGUGCUACUUAAUUCAGCUGGUGUGAUAGUGGGAACAGGACUAGUAAGGACCAUUGAAGAAAUGCCAACACCUUUCAAACUGCUCAGUUUUCUUACGUUUCAAAAAUACAGCAGUGAAGUCCUUGUAGUCAAUGAAUUUUAUGGCUUAAACUUCACAUGUGGUGGAGCCAACAGUUCCACUGCAAAUAAUGCUGCGUGUGUUUUCUCCCAAGGCAUCCGGUUCAUUGAAAAAAACUACCCCGGGGCAUUGUCCCGGUUCACAGUCAAUUUCCUUGUACUGUAUGCUUUUAUACCAGUACUUGCCAUUAUUGCAAUUCUAAGCUUCAAAUUAAGAGAGAGAAUUAUUGACAGACAAUGA